AGAUAGUUCGGAUAAUUGUUAAAACUUCUCUAACAAUAAAACAAAAACAAAACAAAAAUGUAAUUGAUAAGAAUUCAAUACAAUCUUUAUCAAACUUAUGAGUAAAAGGUAACUUGAGCAUAGCAUAGCAGUUGAUAAAUAAGAUUAACAGUAAGUGCAACAAACCAUGGUACAAAUAGAGAGAAAAAACUAUAUAUAUUAAAAACAAAAAAAAAAAAAAAAAAAAACUGGCACCUCUGCCUGACCUUGGGUUUACUUUCUCUAGCCCGUAAAUAAAAUAUAAUAAAAAGGGUAAAUAUGUAGAUAAACAAAUAAGUUAAUGAAUGGAUAAGUAAACAAAUAAUCCGUAAUAUAUUAACAAACGCUGAAACGAAUACGGAUCAUGAUUAAACGAAAAUGAAAAAAAAAUAAAUAAAUAAAAGCGCUUUGGCACCUCACAAGAAACGACUGUGUCUAGUUAUCAACACACAAUUUAUCAAUAAAUAGCUAUAUAAGUCUAUAAAUAUACAAGAAUCUUGCCUUAUACACUUUAAUCAAUCUAAGAAAGAAAUGAGUUAAUUAACGCGUAAACAACUCUGGCAUUUGUCCAAAACCUAGUAUGGCCUUGAUUAUCGUUUGGGAAAAGUGCGAGUGACAGUUCACACACAAUUUUCUGUUUAGUGUAUGUGUGUGUGAGUGUUUGAGAGGAGCUGGUGGGAAGACGCGGAAGAACGAUGCAUAUGAGCAUGAGACGCUUGCUCCGGAAUCCCUCGUUCCUUCAGCCGCUCCUUCGGCCUCACCUCCGAGGGGCGGCGUCGCAGGCGGCCGCUCUCGCCUCGCCGAAGUGCCCCGAGGCGGAGGAGGCGCGCCCGCCGCUGCCCUUCGAGGCGGUGCCCGGCCCGCGGCGCUGGCCGCUGCUCGGCUCGCUGCCCGCCAUGCUCGCGCACCCGGCCUUUGACUUCGAACGUCUUCCUCGACUCUGGAGCUCGUACUUCAAGGAGUUUGGGCCGACCUUCCGCCUCCGUCUGCCGGGCCAAGGAGACAUCGUGUACCUGUCGCAACCGAAGGACAUCGAGUGCCUGAUGAGGGCCACGUAUGAGAACCCGAUCCGGCCGUUCCUCAUGUCGCUGAGGAAGGUGCGCCAACAGACGGCCUUCUUCAGGAAAGACCAGACGGGGAUCAUCACCGAGCAUGGCGAGGAGUGGUGGCGCGUCCGUCGACUCAUCCAGACCUACUCCAUGAGGCCGAAGAUCGUGAUUCAGUACCUCCCGCAGAUGGAUCUUGUGGCGAAGGAGUUCGUUGAAAGAAUUGCCAAACUGCGCGACGGAGUAAAUGAGCUUCCGGAAAAUUUUGUCGAAGAGCUUUUCAAAUGGUCGCUUGAGUCGGUGUGUUUGGUGACCCUCAACCGGCGAAUGGGAUGCCUCGAGGGCCGGCCAGAAGGUCUUAAGAUUAUCGAAACGUCGAGUAAGAUGUUUGAAGCCGUGACGGACUGCGAAUACGGCGUCCAUUGGUGGAAAUUCAUACCAACGCCUUCGUACCGGAAUCUCAAGGCGUCGCAUAAUAUAAUGUUGGGACUGGCGAUCGAGGCGGUGAAACACGCACAGGAGACCCUCGCGGCUCGUGGAGAUUCGGAGGGCGAGCUCAAUCUGGUCGAAUCGCUGAUCGGAACGCCCGGUCUCUCGUUCGAAGACGUCGUCACUCAUAUCAUCGACUUUUUCUUGGCGGCGACUGAUACGACGUCAAUGACAUUCAUCUUCACACUGUACAACCUGGCCCGACACCCACAAGCCCAGGCGAAGUUGCAAGAGGAAAUAGACGAAGUGUUAGGCAGAGAUCACACGGCACCCGUUACACCUCAGCAGCUGGCCCGCCUCUCCUAUACGAAGGCGUGUGUACGGGAGACCCUCAGAAUAUUUGCAGUUGCUGGCUUCGUUGCAAGGGAAUUACACAAAGACCUUGUUCUCGAUGGUUAUGACGUGCCCAAAGGAACGCUAAUCUUCGCCAGCCAGUUCGAAUCCGGAAAAAAUGAAGAGGCUUUCCCAAACCCGGAUCAGUUCACGCCCGAGCGGUGGCUUCGCAGCAACAGAGGAGACGAGGGACCCGGCCAGAGCGUGGGCGUGGGCGUGAAGAAUCAAUUCGCUUCCAUCCCCUUCUCCGUGGGGCCGAGGAAGUGCAUAGGCAGCAGGAUCGCUCAGCAGGAGGUUUAUGUCCUCUUGGCCAGGCUCUUCCAGCGGUACAACGUAAGCUACAGCCACACGCCUUGGGAUCCUGUCUUCAAAACCCUCCUGUUCCCAGACCAGCCGCCGAAGUUCACUGUCACUGAGCGCUAGUGGCGUGACGUGGCGGUGGUCGUGGGCAUGUUGGCAAGUCUGUAUGGUCAUUGGAUUGCAGAGGAAUAUUACGCACACAUACAUACUCACACACACACACACACACACACACACACACACAGAGACGCACACACACACACACACACACACACACACACACAGAGA